UAGGUGUUUAUAGCUUUUAGAAUCCCGACGAACCCUUGAAGAAAAGGACGAACCACCCGCAUGGCCACCUCCCCUCCUUAUCACUCCCCACGCUCUUCCAUUUCUCAGUCCUCACCAACAAACCCUAACUAACCUCCAGUAUUAAAGAGAGAGAGAGAGAAAGAGAGAGAGAAAAGUAGAAUUCUAGUUCUCUUGGAAGAAAAUAAAGAAUGUUCUCUGAUUACCCAACUUAAAAUCUUGAAAAAUAUCUGCUUUUUUUCUUUCUUUAGUUAUAAACAUUGAAGCUAAAGAGAAAAUCUUGACGAUCCUCUGAAAUGAAUAAGCAAGGAAGUUCAGCAUCCAUUCCUCUGUUGGGCAAUUAUAGCUCUCAAAAUUCAAGAAAAGAAAGUACUGAGACUGUGCCAUCGGAUAAGCAAGAUUCUGCUACUUACUGCCAAUAUCAAGCGUGGCGUCCUUCCCUUUCACAGGCGGUUGACGAGAUCAAACAGCUCUACACCAUUGCCUUCCCUAUGAUCGUUACAGGGCUUCUCAUCUAUGGCAAGUCUGCUAUAUCAAUGUUCUUCAUGGGGAAGUUAGGGAAAGAAGCAUUAGCAGGAGGGUCUCUCUCCAUCGGCAUCGCUAAUAUUUCUGGUUAUUCUGUCAUCUCCGGCCUUGCCAUGGGCAUGGAAGCCAUCUCUUCUCAAGCCAGUGGAGCGAAGCAGUGGCACCUCAUGGGCCAAACCCUUCAGCGAACAAUCGCAAUUCUCAGCUUGGCAUGCAUACCCAUCUCUCUUUUGUGGCUCAACGUUGAGCCUAUCCUUAUAUUUUGCGGCCAAGACCCAGAAAUAUCAUCUGUUGCCUCUACUUAUCUAGCAUUCUCUCUUCCUGAUCUAGUUCUCCAAUCCUUUAUUAAUCCUCUCAAAAUCUAUCUGAGAACUCAAAACAUAACCCUGCCUCUCAUGCUCAGUGCAGCUUUUGCUCUAGUUUUACAUGCUCCUAUCAACCAAAUCCUUGUCUAUCACCUUAGCCUUGGAAUUCAAGGCAUUGCUGUGGCAGUAACUGUAACAGACUUGAAUCUUCUUGCUGCCCUUUUGAUUUACCUUUGCUUCUCAGGCAUCUGUCGCGAAUCAUGGCAAGGCUGGUCGCUUCAAUGCUUCGAUGAAUGGAAGCCCAUUCUUGGCCUAGCAAUCCCUAGUUGCAUCUCUGUGUGCUUAGAAUGGUGGUGGUACGAGCUUAUGAUAGUUCUUUCAGGGCUCCUAACAAAUGCUUCUGAGGCAGUUGCCACCAUGGGAAUUCUAAUGCAAGCAACUUCUCUUGUCUAUAUCUUCCCUUCGGCCCUUAGCCUAGCCGUCUCAACUCGAGUAGGGAAUGGAUUAGGGUCGAACCACCCUAGCAAAGCCAAAACCUCAUCCGUCGUUGCUUUAUCAUGUGCAAUCUUCAUGAGUUCCAUUGCCAUGCUUUUCAUGACAUCAAUGAGGCAUGCGUGGGGACAAAUUUUUACCACAGAUAACGCAAUAUUGUCACUAACAGCCACGGCCAUGCCGGUGGUGGGGCUAUGUGAGCUUGGUAACUGUCCACAGACCACCGGCUGUGGUGUGCUCAGAGGCAGUGCUAGGCCAAGUCUUGGAGCCAACAUAAAUUUGGGUUCUUUUUACGGUAUAGGAUUGCCUAUUGCUAUAUUGAUGGGCUUUAUGAUGGGCUUGGGCCUGUUGGGCCUAUGGUUGGGCUUGCUGGCAGCCCAGGUUGUUUGUGCUAUUGUCAUGGUUGUGGUGUUGAUGAGGACAGACUGGGAAGUAGAAGCAAAUAGAGCCAGAGAGCUUACUGGCAUAGUUGAUGAGGUGGGUGAAGCUGAAUCUGAAUCUGAGAGUAAAAGAAAAACACUUCAAGGAUUAAUAUCAAUCCCUCUUGUUGAUUAGAAAGUAAUCAACUUUGAGAAAUUAUUAGGUGCACAUACACCAUCUUUUAUAAUCACGUGAGACUCACUCUUUAUAUUAUAAAGAGAUUUACUUUUCUGUGA